AUGACUCGGAAACUGGCUGCCCUCUUCUGUGUUGUUCUGGUGUUCUCGUUGGUUUGCGAGGUCGUUGAGGCCGGCUUGUUGGAUAGACUCAAGGCGGGACUUGCUGAGGUGAGUUUCCUAUGCCGAUCAGUAUGCUACCUGUAUCAAUAGCAGUCAAAAAAACGCCGUAAGGAGCCGUUUGCAACGUGUAAACCCACGUUUAGAUAGAAAAAUAUUUUUGUAAAAAAAUGACUAAUUUAGGCAAAAGACAAAGCCAAGGCCAUCAAGGAUAAGGUCGAAGACAAAGUCGACGACCUCAAAGAUAAAGUCAAAGAGAAAGUGGCCCCGAUAAAGGACAAAAUAGAUCAGGCGAAAGAAAAAAUAGAAGACAAAGCGCAAGAGGUCAAAGAUAAGGUCAAAGACAAAAUCGAAGACCUCAAAGAUAAAGUCAAAGAGAAAGUGGCCCCAAUAAAGGACAAAAUAGAUCAGGCGAAAGAAAAGAUAAAAGAGAAAGCGCAAGAGAUCAAAGAUAAGCUCACAGGCAAAGGCAAAGGCGAUAAGGUAAAGAAUAUGGCAUCAUAGCACCAACUUUUGUUCAUGCUUAGAAGCAGCUGUUACUCAGUUGGCGCGCAGCAACAGAACUGCUGUUUGUCGCCAUCCUGCAUCAUGCCAAUUUUUGUUCCGGGUUCCGUUGCAAACGCGCUUCUUAGCCGGCUAGAGAUUGUGGCGUGCGGUAGCUUAAGUCUUGAUAAAAAGCAAAUGUUUAGGUGAUACAUAAUAAUACUGUUCUAGGCAAAAUACGGCCUCGGAAAAUCGAAGGACGACUUUAAAAACGGGGUCAAGCAAGACGUCAGGAAUAAGAUCCUUGGAAUCACCCAAGACCGUAAGUCACUUUUCCAUACCCUUUACUUGUGGAAAAAAGAGACACACAAAAGAAAUGUUGAGCACUCAAGAUUUAACAAACUCAUUACAGCCAUGUGCCAUGUCGCCGUCGAUCAAGCCCACGACUGUCUAGCCAAGGUUUCACUCUGCCUUCAGGGCACCUAUGUCCCGCUGAUGAACCGAAUCUGCAAACAAACUUGCUGUCAACAGAUUAAAAUGUACGGAUAG